AUGUCUCUCCCGCAAUCCCCAAAGGAGGUGAUCACCUACUUGCCAAACGGCAAGACGGUCUGCUUCGAUCAUCAUCUUAGAGUAUGCGGCAUCUGUUGUCUCGAUUUCACGGGUUGCGGAUCUGACGAAGAAUCUGAAGAAGAAUCCGAAGAAGAAGAGGAUGAUGAUGAAGGUUGUGUAUUCGUGCUGGCGGGGAGCAUGGCGAGAUUCAUCCCGCAAUGGGACGAACAAAUUCUCGGCCCAGCAAAUACAUCUAGAAUUGAGAAGGACUACGAGAACCCCCCAAAGCCAUUACCGCUUUCAAGCAUCUCGACAUACCACUGUCCAACUUGCCAGCUUACGUGGCUGGUUGGAAAGAGAGGAAGAAUAGCAGUCAGAUGUCAUCCAUCCCAUCACACCUACUCUCACACCUACCCACUACAUCACGCGUACUCUUCCGUUUAUGAGGGUACAGAUCGAUCGCUUCUUGUCUUUACCGACGGUGCUUGCUCUGGUAACGGCGCUCCAGAUGCCCGGGGUGGUUUAGGUGUUUUCUUCGGUCCCGGCUCCAAGUUCAACUUCUCAGAGCGCCUUUCGGAAUCCGGAGCCCAUACAAGCCAGAAAGCGGAAUUAGCUGCCGUAGCUCGUGCUUUGCAGACAAUUCGGUUCCAGGUCCUGCAGGCCCGUCAUAUUAUGGUCACAAACGCGGAAGGCGGUCACGACCUUCGCGCCGUGUCGGAUGUCCUGCGGCUAAGACUUAUAGUUGUGACUGAUUCGAGUUACAUUGUUGAAGGCAUGUGCUCCCACUUCCCAGAAUGGAAAGAGAAUAAGGAAGGCGUUCUUGUCAACAAGGCUGGAAAAGCCGUGGUGAAUUCUAAGGGAUUCUUGCGAUUGGAGGACGAAGUCCAGAGGCUGAGCAUGGUCGGGGUGCAGGUCGUUUAUUACCUCGUAUCCAGGGAGGAGAACAAGGAGGCAGACAUACUUGCAAAGGCAAGCACUGUAUAA